GGAGGAGGAGGUAAGAUAUCGGACACCAGUCACACUCUCCCCCCUCCCCUCCCCUUACUUUUGGCACCAAGGCUCGCCGAGGUAUUAAAUAGAGUGCCAGGGAAAGUAGAGAGACAGACGCGGCGCCGACCCAGACCUCUUUGGAUGACUAGCAGUUAAGAAGAUGAACCUGUGGCUGACCGUCCUCGUGGCUGCGCUGACCCUGCUGACCGGCCAGGCGGCGGGGAAGCCAGCUGGCUGGUACCGGAGGCCGAACGGCGUCUACAAGAACAGAUACGUUCAGAUGAGAAUCUUGGCCCAGAGGUACCUAGACUACCUACAAUACCUGGAAAGUCUCGGUCAUUACGGGCACGAAUACGGACAUGAACACGAACAUGGACACGACCAUGGAUAUGAACACGGCCAUGAGCUCGAACACGGAUCCGGAUACGGUCACGCAAACGACCUCGACCACGGAUCCGGACACGGUCAUGAACUCGACCACGGAUCCGGGCACGGUCAUGAACUCAACCACGGAUCCGGACACGGUCAUGAACUCGACCACGGAUCCGGGCACGGUCAUGAACUCGACCACGGAUCCGGACACGGUCAUGAAAACGGCCACGGACAGGAACACGCACAUGGCCAUGACUGCGCACACGGCCACGCACAGGAGUCUAGUUAUUCAAGCCAUUAACAGAAAAUCGUGGCACUAAGGUCGUGUUUACCUUGUCUGCCCCGUGUUACUUCAUCCUUCUGGAAUCUCUCUCACUGCAGUCGUAUGUAUUUGCGUAUGUACAGUCGUAGCUUCUGCUAAAUGAUAAGUGCAUAUGAUGCUUUACAAAUGACAUACGAAAGCCUCUCUGUCUAUCGUAUCUGGUGAUUUUUUUCGAUAGAUAGACUAGAUCGAUGAUUCUUGACCUUUUGUACUGCCACGCCCCCUUCAAGAUUAUCUCUUUCCCUCCACGCCCACCCUUGCUAGAUAAAUAAAAUUCCUCCCAGAUUUUAAUGAGUAUUAGAAAAUAUGUUCCUAGUGUUUUCACAGAGUAUGAAUUAAUCGCAUCAUUUUUAAUCUUCUCAUUAUCAGACUACGUUCUCCUCAAGAGAAUAAAACACGUAAUUAGAAAAAUUCCUGCUAUUUUCCAAAGGACUCACGCCCCCCCCCCAAGGACCCAAUGGACUAGAUUCAUCUCAUGGACCUUUUCCAUACAGGAAAGCGGGUACAUUUCCUAACUCUUUUCUUUGUGAAAAGGUAAAUCAUACUUUAGCUUUACGUCUUAAUAUGUAUGACGUUUGACUUUUACUCAGUUGUCUUGUCAGUGCUGAUGUUGUUGAUGUAAUAGGUCAGUUAAGUAAGAAAUACGCAGAUUUUUUAAAUAAAUAAUUUAUUUGCAAGUC